AAAAAAGAGACGUCUCUAUGGAAAAUAUGUAAUCGUAAUUUGUCCACAAAAAUCGAUGCUUUCCCAUCUCUAGGACAUUUUGACAAGAAAAAUUAUUUCAAUGCUCAAUCGAAAGCUGUGAAAUGUAGGACAAAAAGAUUUGGUGGCUAAAAAACGAAAACUAAUCAAUUGAAAUACAUUCAAUCAAAUUGAAAAGCUUCAACAAUGGCUUCUGAGGUCGGUUCAUACACGAAUAAAGUCCACUACAUCAAGAAGAAAAUCCUCGAACAGCUAACAAAGAAAAAAUAUGCACAGGUGUUCAUGCGGCCGAUGGACAAGCACCACGGGGAUUAUCAAAACGUAAUCAAGAAGCCCAUGGACCUGGGCACAAUCAUCACCGGGGUGCAGAGUCGAUUGUAUCGGAAUGCGGACGAAGUGAUAGCUGAUCUGAGGCUGGUCUACCAGAAUUGGUUUGUUUUGAAGAAGGGCAGUACGAUCCUGUGCCGACCCGCUAAUCAGUUGCAGAAGUUCGUGGAAAACAAGCUGGUGCAAAUGCCAGAUGGCAAAGAGUUUGAGAUCAAGAAGGAUUCCAGGAUGACGGCCAGGUCCAUCAAGGACUUUCCCUGGCUGCAGUUGAAUGGCACGCAGGAGAUGGAACACCUUUCAACUUUUAUUCGAAUCAAAACAGAGUCUGAUAGUGUGAGAGCAGAGCCUGCGACUGAAUUGGUGUAUGAGAUAUCAGAGCUCACGGAGGAUCAUAUGCCGGACAGAACAGAGACUGUGAUGGAUCCUGUCUGGGUGUCUGUCGUGCCGGAGCCUGUGGAUGUGCCAAUGCCUAUGACAACAGAGACUACGGAUCCCGUCUGUUUGUCUGUUAUACCAGAACCUAUAGACGCUCCAGUGCUUAUGAUACCAGAUCCAACCCCUAUGAUAACAGAGACUAAGUACGAUCCAAUGCCUAUGAUAACAGAGACUAUGGACGAUCCCAUGCCUUUGAUAACAGAGACUAUAGUCGAUCCCAUGCCUAUGAUAACAGAGACUAUGGACGAUCCCAUGUCUUUGGAUGAUCCGUUGCCUAUGAUAACAGAGACUAUGGAUGAUCCAAUGCCUAUGAUAACAGAGACUAUGGACGAUCCCAUGCCUUUGAUAACAGAGACUAUAGUCGAUCCCAUGCCUAUGAUAACAGAGACUAUGGACGAGCCCAUGCCUUUGAUAACAGUGACUAUGGACGAUCCCAUGCCUUUGAUAACAGAGACUAUCGACGAUCCCAUGCCUUUGAUAACAGAGACUAUAGUCGAUCCCAUGCCUUUGAUAACAGAUACUAUAGUCGAUCCCAUGCCUAUGAUAACAGAGCCUCUGGAUCCUGUCUGGAUGUCUAUGAUACCAGAGCCUUUGGAUCCUGUCUGGAUGUCUAUGACACGGAAAGAGCAGAGGAUGUCAGCGAUGAGGAUGAUCCAUUGCGUAUAAUUACUAAAAUCCUGGGCAAAGCGCAG